AGCAGCGGGCGCGCGCUGCCAUUCCAGCACUCACAUCCCCGGUGCGACGGAACGAAGCGCACGCGGCCACAACCUCCAAAUAUUAACGUUAGCACUCCCCCGCCCCGCCCCCUGGAAACACACCGACGUUCCUCUCGGGUCGCGGCUCCGAACACCAGCGGCCGCAGCGGGGACGGACCGGCGGUCGGUAAAGUGCAGCCGUUAACGCCACGUCGACUAAAACAAACAAACUAAAGCUUUAACAGUUGUUCCCGUCUUUCUUUUGAUCUGUCGAACCGGAGUUUCACCGCCGUGACACCAUGCUGGACCCGUCCUCCAGCGAAGACACCGGCGGGGAGUCCGACCCAGAAGUUGUCCAGGAGACUCCCAGGAAACCGGCUGCCUCCUCGGCGGGGAAACGCGGGAGCAGCAGCAGCCGGGCGAGCGGCCAGCGGCGGCAGUCCGCCGCACCUGGAGGUGCACCCGGUAAAGGUGCUAAAGAAGGCAACGCCACAGGUGAAGAGGAGGAGGAGAAGAAGGAGCGCGAGCGGAUCCAGAAGGAGGAAGAGGAGAGGAAAAUUAAACUGCAGAUUUAUGUGUUCGUCCUGCGGUGCAUCGCCUACCCGUUCAACGCCAAGCAGCCCACCGACAUGGCCCGGCGGCAGCAGAAGGUGAACAAGCAGCAGCUGCAGGCGGUGAAGGAGCGUUUCCUGGCCUUCCUCAACGGGGAAACUCAGAUUGUGGCGGAUGAAGCUUUCUGUAACGCUGUGAGGAGCUACUAUGAGGGCUUCCUGAAGAGCGAGCGCGUGUCCCGGAUGGUUCAGAGCGGCGGCUGCUCGGCCAACGACUUCCGCGAGGUCUUCAAGAAGAACAUCGAGCGGCGCGUCCGCAGCCUCCCGGAGAUCGACGGCCUGAGCAAAGAGACGGUGCUGAGCUCCUGGAUCGCCAAGUACGAUGCCAUCUACAGGGGGGACGAGGACAUGCGUCGUCAGCCACAGCGGGCGCACCUCAGCGCCGUGUCAGAGCUCAUCCUCAGCAAAGAGCAGCUGUACGAGAUGUUCCAGCAGAUCCUCGGCAUCCGCAAGUUCGAGCACCAGCUGCUGUACAACGCCUGCCAGCUGGACAACGUGGACGAGCAGGCGGCUCAGAUCCGCAGAGAGCUGGACGGAAGGUUACAGCUGGCCGAGAAGAUUGCCAGGGAGAGAAGAUACCCAAAGUUUGUCUCUGCUGACAUGGAGCCUCUCUACGUGGAGGAGCUGCGUUCUGCAGUCAACCUUCUCAUGGCGAACCUGGAGAGUCUGCCAGUGUCCAAAGGAGGUCCAGACUUCAAACAGAAGCUCAAACGCUCCUCCAUGAACAACUCCUUCCUGGACAUGGGAGAUGAGGGGGACAUCCUGUCCAAGUCUGAUGUCGUGCUUUCGUUUACUCUGGAGAUUGUGAUUGUGGAGGUCCAGGGUCUGAAGUCUGUGGCUCCGAACCGGAUUGUUUACUGCACCAUGGAGGUGGAGGGAGGAGAGAAGCUGCAGACAGACCAAGCUGAAGCCUCCAGACCACAGUGGGGAACUCAGGGGGACUUCAUCACGACUCACCCUCUGCCCUCGGUCAAAGUGAAGCUGUUCACAGAGAGCACCGGGGUCCUGGCUCUGGAGGACAAGGAGCUGGGCCGGGUGGUCAUGAACCCAACCACGAACGGGCCGAAGCAGGCCGAGUUCCACCGGAUGGUCGUCCCCAAGAGCAGCCAGGACACAGAGCUGAAGAUCAAACUGGCCGUCCGCAUGGACAAACCGCCCAACAUGAAGCACAGCGGGUACCUGUACGCUGUGGGACAGAGAGUCUGGAAACGCUGGAAAAGAAGAUAUUUUGUUCUUGUUCAGGUGAGUCAGUACACGUUCGCCAUGUGCAGCUACAGAGAGAAGAAAGCCGAGCCUCAGGAGCUGAUGCAGCUGGAGGGCUACACGGUGGACUACUGCGACCCUCAGCCAGGUCUGCAGGGCGGCCGGGUGUUCUUUAACGCGGUGAAGGAGGGCGACCUGGUGAUGUACGCCUGUGACGACGAGCAGGACCGGAUGCUGUGGGUCCAGGCCAUGUACCGAGCCACAGGACAGUCCUACAAACCGGUCCCACCGCCGCAGAACAGAACCACAAACUGCAGAGGAGGACUCCAGAAACCAGCGUCCCCCAUCAGUCUGGAUCCGUCUCAGCGUCAGGGGGUGGAGGAGUUGAUCUCUGCAGCUCCAUGUCGCUUCGACCACGCCGCCCUCUUCACCAUCUUACAGAAACACACUCUGCAGCACCGCAUGAAUGACUCCUUCUCCUGCCUGGGUUGGUUCAGUCCCGGUCAAGUGUUCGUCCUGGACGAGUACUGUGCUCGGUACGGUGUUCGAGGCUGCCACCGUCACCUCAGCUACUUGAGGGAUCUGAUGGAUUACUCAGAGGACAACGCGCUGGUCGACCCCACGCUGCUGCACUACAGCUACGCCUUCUGCGCCUCCCACGUCCACGGAAACAGGCCUGAUGGGAUGGGGACAGUGACCGUGGAGGAGAAAGACAACUUUGAGGCCGUCAGGGGUCGACUCAUGGCUCUGCUGGAGAACCAGAUCACACAUUUUAGGUACUGCUUUCCCUUUGGACGACCAGAUGGGGCCCUGAAGGCAACGCUCUCCCUGCAGGAACGGGUUUUGAUGAAGGACAUCACCACACCUGUUCCUCCAGAGGAGAUGAAGAAACUGGUGCAGAAGUGUCUGGAAAACGCAGCUCGAAUCAACUACGGUCAGCUGAUCGAGUACGCUCAGAUCAAGGUGGACACUCAGGCAGCUCCGGAGAAAAGACUAGAGGAUAUGAUGCGACUGGGAGAGCUCUGUAUCGAAGUCCUGCAGCAGAACGACGAACAUCACUCCGAGGCUUUCUCGUGGUGGCCGGAGCUGAUGGCCGAACACGCCGAGGUGUUUCUGUCUCUGUACAAAGCCGACAUGGACGCCGCUCUGCAGGUCCAGCCUGUCGACUCGUGGGACAGCUUCCCUCUGUUCCAGCUCCUCAACAACUUCCUGCGAACUGAUCCUCACCUGUGCAACGGGAUAUUCCACAAACACCUGCAGGACCUGUUCGUCCCCCUGGUGGUGCGCUACAUCGACCUGAUGGAGUCGUCCAUCGCCCAGUCCAUCCACCGCGGCUUCGAGCAGGAGACCUGGCAGUCUGUCAAGUCGUUAACUAACAAUCUAGCGAGCGUUCCUCUUCCCAAAGUCCCCAGCCUCCCUCUCACACUGCCACAGAUGCCCACCUUCUCAGCGCCUGCCUGGAUGGGACCGCUGUGUGAGAACACCUUGCAAGGCAUAAAUCUACCUGACAUCUUCAACGGCUCGGCCAGCUCAGAGGAUUUGUUCUGGAAGCUGGACGCUCUGCAGAUGUUCGUGCUGGACCUCCAUUGGCCAGAGCCCGAGUUCGCAAAACAUCUGGAGCAGAGGCUCAAACUGAUGGCCAGCGACAUGAUGGAGGCGUGUGUCAAGAGAACAAAAUAUGCAUUUGAUUCCAAAAUGCAGAAAGCGAGUAAGUCAACAGACUUCCGGGUGCCGCUGUCAGUCUGCACCAUGUUCAACGUGCUGAUGGACGCCAAGAAGCAGUGCUCCAAACUCUGUGUGCUGGACACCGGUCAGGAGAUUGACAAACAAUGGCAACAGUACCACUCAAAGAUCGAUGUUCUGAUUGACGACACGUUUAAAGAAAUGAUUUCCUCCCUCGUCACAAGGUUUGCUGCUGUUUUGGACGGCGUCCUCUCCAAGCUCUCGAGAUACGAUGAAGGGACAUUCUUCUCUUCAAUCCUCUCUUUCACAGUGAAAGCAGCUGCCAAAUAUGUGGAAGUCCCUAAACCGGGGAUGGAUCUGGCCGACACCUACAUCACCUUCAUACGGCAGAACCAGGACAUCCUCCGAGACCGCGUCAACGACGAGCUGUACAUCGAGACGGUGUUUGAUCAAUGGUACACCGGCUCCAUGAAGGCAGUGUGUGUUUGGCUGACAGACAGACUGGACCUGCAGCUUCACAUGUACCAGCUGAAAACACUCAUCAAGAUUGUGAAGAAGACCUACCGUGACUUCAGGCUGCAGGGCGUCCUGGACGUCACGCUGAACAACAAGAGCUAUGAGACCAUCUACAACCGGUUGACAGUGGAGGAAGCCACAGCGGCCGUCAAGUCGGGCGACGGCCUGCAGGGCAUCAGCAUGAGAGACAGCGAUGAGGAGGAAGAUUGAGCACACAUCAUCCCUUCACACACACCUGGUUACUACCUGAUCAUCGUCCUCUCCAGCAGAUCAGGACCUUCCAUCACAGUGUGAUUUAUGGUAUAGAUCAAACAUGUGCAGUAGAGGUAACAUGUCAUUGUGACUGGAGGUCCUGAUCAGGUGAGGACGAGCGCUCAGGUAGUCACCCCCCCCUUCCCCUUGCCUCCUCCCUCCUACCCAACCUGUCACAUGCUCAUUGCCCUGACGCUGCUGUACAUGCGUGUUGAAAACGUACACGAGUGAGAAUGUACGACAAACAGGAAGUCGAGGUGAGGCGUGGCAUCCGACGGACACUCUGCAGAGACAAACCUCGUCCACCCUCCCUCACCUGCAGGACAGGAAGCCCCGCCCUCCUCCACGAGCAGCCAUACUCUGAUUGAUGUCACUUUGUACAGUAGAGCUCAGCGAUCGCCGUCAGUGCAGCUCCUUCCUGUUUUUUUUUUUGUUUUCAUCCACAGUUGUAGCUAAUUCCUCAAAAAGGCUGCGGCAGCAACGGCAGCAAAAUCACCUAAAGAGAUCUAUUUUUAUUUGACAGGAAGCUUGGAAUUGUAAGGUUCUAUUUGACUGUUUUAAUCAAAGUUAUCCACGGUCACGUCUUUGAAUGUUACUUUGUACUAUUUUUUUAAUAACCAACCUAUUCAGGCUCUUAUCCUUCACUGCUCAUACUAAAGACCUAGAAGUAAUGCACUAUCAUUCUUAUAUAACCCGAAUAAUCAUGAGCAAGGAGGCUGUGAUGACUCGUGCACUGCAGGCUGUCCUCUGGUCAGGGAAACAGUCAGAGUGAUGGAUGUGUCAAACAAACACAGGACUUUGACCCAGGAGACUGCUGCUCUCGUCACGUCUAAAACCAAAAGUAAAUUGUGACUUGAUUUUAAGUUACGCACAUACGUCACCUCGUCACAUUAUGUUAAGUACAUCAUGACCAUAGACUGUAAGAAUAAGGGACGUAGCUAUCGUGAUGUCACCCAUUGGUUUGUAGACUCCUGUUUUGAGGCCUUGAGUUUGGCAUUGUGGCCAUCGCCAUCUUGAUUUUAGGGAACAGAAGUGACCAUAUUUGGGCGAUAAGCUAGGGGUGGAUCCAAAUGAGAAGCUGAGGAUACUAUCAGCAGACAGCCUGUCAUACAAACUGAUCUUUCUGGUUAAAUGUAAAAAUCUCGCCAGCAUCCUCUAAGUGCUAAAAUAUUUAUUACAAUCCACAGUACCUGUGUCCACUGAUAAAAAUACGGCAUUGUCUUUUUGUUUAAACAUAUAAAAUAAUCUUUGAUUGCAUUUUCCUGAUAGGCGGCCUCUUGUGGUCGUGCAAAAUAAUGAUUGUUGUUUCUGAUUAGCAAAAGCAGAAGUAGCAUGACAAACGUCUCAUGGAUUAGCGUGGACAAUGACAGUCUGUUCAAUGUUGGUUCCUUUUAACCAUGAUCACAAUCUUUCUGUAGUUUCAACCAAACAGCUUCAAUUGCCCAAAUUUAAUCUGCCCUUAAAGGGAAAUUUCGGUUUAUUUCAACCUGUCUCCUAUCG